AUGGAAGAAAGCGUAGCCUUCCCAAUCAAUUGCUGCACGCAAACCAUCCCUCUCGUGGACAAAAAGAAUCUCAUUCAUGGAUCAUCCUCCUGUUCUCCUUCCAUGGGAGAGAGGCAUCUCGGUGAGCUACCCGGGGACAAAGACAAAGACGACGAUGGCGAUGAACACGCUGCCAUUGAAGAGCUUGAACGCCGAAUUUGGAGAGACGAGAUGCUGCUGAAGCGCUUGAAGGAGCAACGGCAGAACCAGCACAAGGCGCAAGGCGACUCCGCAAAGAACGAGCAAGCCAGACGGAAGAAGAAGAUGUCUCGCGCCCAGGACGGCCUGCUCAGACACAUGCUCAGAAUGAUGGAAACAUGCCGCGCCCGAGGAUUCGUAUACGGUAUAAUUACAGAGAAGGGGAAGCCUAUGGCGGCGGCGCGAAGCCCGGUGCUGCGGCAGGGUCUCAUGUCUUGCAGGAGCUGCAAGACACGACUUUGGGUUCGCUCCUGUCGGCCCUCAUGCCGCAUUGCGAUCCGCCUCAGAGAAGGUUUCCCCUGGAGAAGGGAAUCGCGCCGCCUUGGUGGCGGGGAAGAGGACUGGUGGCCUCAGAUGGGGACACUCGCUGACCGAGGCCCGCCGCCGUACAGGAAGCCCCACGAUCUGAAAAAAGCUUGGAAGGUCAGCGUCCUGACUGCUGUCGUCAAGCAUAUGCUGCCUGAUAUCCACAAGAUCCGUAGGAUGGUGAGGCAGUCCAGGCGCCUUCAGGAUAAGAUGACGGCCAAGGAGAGCGCGGCAUGGCUGGCUGCCGUGAAGCAGGAGGAAGAUGUGUACGCGAAGAACAAGCUCCAGUUCCCUUCGUCGUGUAGCUCCCAGACGAAUCCAACUGCCAUCGACAUUUCUAGUCUGGGAAUUUCUUCCGACGGACAGAGAUCGAUCAGCGACUUGAUGGGGUUCUAUGAAAACGAGAUCAAUGACGACGAGCCCAUGAACUCAAGUCCUCAAGACCAACGUUUUCAGCCCGGGAUUCAAACAGAUGGCAGAGUGAGUCGCUUGAUGCCAGUUUUUGAGCAGAGAUACAAGAACAAAAUCGGCGAAAGCUUCUCUUCUGGUAUCAGUGACAUAUCAUUUCAUAAGACUGGAGCUUCCAAUUGGUUUCAGUGA